GUCUGGGCUGCGCUGGCGGUGCCUGUGUGCUGCGAGCGGCCGCGUAAACAUGGAGCUCUCGGCCGUCGGGGAGCGCGUCUUCGCGGCCGAGGCCCUUCUCAAGCGCCGCAUCCGCAAAGGGCGCAUGGAAUAUCUCGUAAAAUGGAAGGGCUGGUCUCAGAAGUACAGCACUUGGGAACCCGAGGAAAACAUCCUGGAUGCUCGGCUGCUUGCAGCCUUUGAGGAGAGGGAGCGAGAAAUGGAGCUAUACGGGCCCAAAAAGCGAGGCCCCAAGCCCAAAACGUUCCUGCUAAAGGCCCAGGCAAAAGCAAAAGCCAAAACCUAUGAAUUCCGCAGUGACUCGUCCAGAGGGAUCCGGGUGCCGUAUCCUGGCAGGUCCCCCCAGGAGCUGGGCUCCACAUCCCGAGCUAGGGAAGGACUGAGAAACAUAGCCCUGGCUCCCCAGGGCAGCUCCAGCACCAGCACCCCCAAGGGAGAUGGCAUCCGGGACCGGGUGAUCCGAGUGGAGGAGAAACCUGGGGAGACCCCCAAAAAGAGAGGCCCGAAGCCCCGGAAGGAGCUUUACAAGGACCUGGCGGAGACUCUGGAUGCCUCCAAGAGGAAACUGGGGGAGCCGGGGGACAAGGUGGGGGACUACCUGAAGGCCAGGAAGAUGGAGGAGGCGGCGGCAGGAGCGGCCAAGUUUGGCUCGGGACACAGCGUCAUCCAGCUGGCCAGGCGGCAGGACCCCGACCGCCCCGCCACCCUGCCCGGCCCCAACCGAGCUGAGGUGGGUGCCAAGCUGGGACCCACAGAGACCUUCCCUCCUCGGCUGGCCAAGCACCGGUCCGACUUUCUGGACACAAAGGGGCAGGGGGGUCUGGACCCUGGUGGGCCCAAGCUCCUGCACAGUGCAGUGAGCCCCGGUGCUGUGGGCAGCCUGUACCGUGACGGCAUGGGGGGCCAGGCGGGACGGCCCUCCCUCAUCGCCAGGAUCCCUGUCUCCAGGAUCCUGGGGGACCCCGAGGAGGAAUCCUGGAGUCCCUCUCUCAACAACCUGGAGAAGGUGGUGGUAACUGAUGUGACCUCUAACUUUUUGACCGUCACCAUCAAGGAGAGCAGCACGGACCAAGGAUUCUUUAAAGAGAAGCGAUGAGUUUGUUGGCGGUGGUGCUGGGGUUUUCUUCAGUCAGAUCCAGACAAAAGCUUGGUUAUAGCUUGGUGGGCCUUUUUUUUUUUUUUUCCCUUUUUUUUUUUAUUUCUUUUUUUUCAAUUUUUUUUCUGCCCUGGAGAGGAUUUAGAAACUGUCUUAAAUUCAUUAACUCUUUUUUUUUUUUCCCCACAUCUUACAUUUUGUUGGAAAGAUUAUCUCUAGAGUUAUAUUUUCUAUUAGAUGUAAAUAUGUUAUUUAAGAAAAAAAUGCUUAUAUAUAUAUCUAUAUAUAUAUAUUUCAACUCUGAGUUGUUUUAUUUAAAUAGAGACAACAGUGACUGCUCAGUUGCUCUUAGAAAGGACAAUAAAACUGAGAACUAACAGAGUUAAUGCAUCUGUUGCAGGAGCCGGUGUACAUAACGAAUGAUGUUCAUAGCUAAUUAUGUUCCGGGGUUGUUUUUUUUAACUAUUAUUUUUCAUAUGAUGCUAAGGAUGGUGGAGGGGGAAGUGUUACUCCCUCGGAGGGCAAAGUGCCCUGAUUUCUUGAUUGUGAUAGAAGGUGUUGCUUGUACAAUCAAGUGUGCUGUAUCCAGAACUGUUGCCCUUGACAGUUGAAGUACGCACUUGAAUUUCCAGUGUUGUUGGGGAGGGGGCGUUUCCAGUCUAACAAAAAAAAUAAUGUUGCUACAAAGUUGGAGUGGGAAAAGCAGAAAUCCAUAAAAAGGCUAAAACUGUUCUAGAGGAGUAUUAACUUGAAUUACCUUUUCUUGUGGAAGAAGAGGAAGUUUGUGUAUGUAAGGUUCCUGAGAGGGGUGAUACUGAAAUGCACUUUAAUAGAGUUGUAGCAGUUGUGGGAGAUGGGACUGAGCUGAGAAUCUGUUUUCAUUUUGUCUGGUCGUUUCAUUUUGUUCCCCCACCCACUUAGAAAAAAACCAACAAACAACAAAAAAACCCCCUCUGUUUACAUUCCUGAAAUGCCAGAGAGGUUUAGGAGGGUAACAUGUCACUGCCCAUAUUUAGAUGCUUUAUACUGCUAUAGAAAGUGAAUUAUUAAUUCCCCCCCACCCCAAAACACAGUUCACUUCAGGCUGUUGGAAGACUCCAGAUGAAGUGUUUUGUAAUAUCCACAUCUCUGACAAGUCCCAGAGCCACCUUUAUGCAUUCAGAGACAAUAAAUAUUUCCCUUUUCUUAUGCUGGUUAAACAGUAGCCAAGAGGCAAAAUAUUCCUGUGCAGGAGCAGCCCUGCUGACUCUGGAGGCUUUUUUGAGUUACUUCUCUUGGCUUGGCAGGACCCUGCAGUUUUCCUCCCCAGGCCUGGGCAGGGCAUAACUGGGGGGUUUUGUGGCACUGAACGAAGUGCAGCAGCUGUGGGGGAGCUGUGGGGUUGCAGCCUGACCUGGGUGGAGAGCAGGUCCUUCCCUUGUUUUGUGAUUUCGGUUGUGGUGGAUCAGUGUCCCCAUCCUGAUGCCUUGGUCUGAGCAUCGCUUUGGGUUGGAAAGCACAAAUCUGUCUGGCAGCACCUGAGGGCUGGGCCUGGGCCAGGUCCCCUCAUCCCUCCAGCCAUUGCUGGUGGCCCCAGCUGAGCUCCCAGCGGCUCCUGGUUCAGGGGAUGAAAGCACAGGGGGAGCUGACAGUGGGGAGGGGACUGGGGCAAGGAGCAGCCCCUGCUCUUAGGCCCACCUGUGGCUACCCCUUGCUCAGUCUCCCUCCCCAUCCCUUUUUUGGGACUCUGUCAGAUGGCCUGACAGGGGAUGCUCUUAUUGACUGUACAAAGGGAGCCAUGGCUGUGAGUUCUGGAUUUUGGGUUUUGUUUGUUUUUCUUUUCUUUUUUUUUUUUAGGCGUAUUUUGUAAAAUUGAGGUUUUUAACUUGGUUUGUAUGAAGAACCAAUGUGCUGGUGUUAGUGCCAGGGGCAGCUGACACAGGACACACGUGUUGUUGGAGGGAUGAUGAUGGGCCUGAGCUGCCCAUCUUCCUGCUGCCGUGCCAGGGCUGGGCUGUUCCUCCCCUUGCAGCAGAGCCCGGGGCCGCGCUCCAGCCGCCGGGACCGGCCGGCGUUCCCUGGCUCCAGCCCCCUGGGCACCUGUGUGUCCAGACACACAUAUGGAGCAAAACAUACAUGUGGGUGUAUAUGUGUGUAUGUAUAUAGCGACGUAUAUACUGAGUGUGUGUGUGUGGGGGUGUGUGUGUGUGAAUUAUUUAAAUCUAAGACUUGUACAAAACCCAAUUUGGCUAAAUCUCAGUCUCAGAAGUGAAGCUUAACUACGUGUCUUCUGCCAGCUGUGAAUGUCCGUAUGAGACCUGCUUUUUAUGUCUGUUUAAAUAUAUACUUUGUAAAUAGAAA